GGGUUGGUCCCAGUGAAAGGAACGAGGAGCAGGGGAGGGGUGUUUCUCUGGCGUAACUUGCGGGCUGCCGCACCGUCUCGCUUCUUGGGUCGUUAAAGCGUACGUAACGCCGAAGUGCUGUGGGCAUUGUCUCACACCCGGCCAGGCAUAGCUCCAACCUCGCCGGCUUCUGGACAAAGAACCGUCCCUCAUGCUCGACAUCAAUCAAUGACAUUGGACCUUACGAAUCCCGACUUCAACCAUACUUCCCACACAUUUUGUUUUUAGAAAACUGUUUCAGUAUUUAAAAAAAACAACCUUCCUGAGCAGUGAGGACAAAGAUCACUUGGUACAUGUUAGUAGCCCCACUUAAAUAUCUGCCCCAGGCUGUUUUCACGGGAGAUGUGUGUGUGCAUCUAUCGCCUCCUGCCCUUGACAGUAGUUGCCCCAACCUGCGCACUCAUUGCCCGGUCUCUCUUGAGCCCUUUCUUCUGAUUUGUAUUGCUUUACGUUAACCCGCUAUUUCUGCUUUAUUUGGGGCGGAGGUUUUCAAUGGAAGGGGUUUGCUCCUCGGAUCAGUUGGUGUGUUCCUCCUGUGCCAGGUUCGGUGACACACAUCCUCCCCGCUCGGGCUCUCUCACGCCCUCUGUGUAUCUCAUUUUCCGACACACUUGAGCCGAUCUUGCUCGUCAUUUUCCGCUCGUUCUCUCUAUCUGCGGCUGGGUACAAGCUUCUGGACCAAACCCUUGCAGUUCUACAGACCGCUGCUUUCCCGUCACACUUUGCCAUGAGCCGGAGAGUUGUACGUCAGAGCAAAUUUCGCCAUGUCUUUGGGCAGGCAAUGAAAGCCGACCAGUGUUAUGAAGACAUACGGGUGUCCAAAGUGACGUGGGAUAGCUCCUUCUGUGCAGUUAAUCCCAAGUUUGUGGCCAUCAUUGUGGAAUCUGGUGGAGGAGGUGCCUUCCUUGUCCUCCAGCUAGCCAAGACUGGACGUGUGGAUAAAAAUCACCCCCUGGUGUGUGGACACACAGCUCCUGUGUUGGAUAUUGACUGGUGCCCACACAAUGACAACGUGAUUGCCAGUGGUUCUGAGGAUUGUACCAUCAUGGUCUGGCAGAUCCCAGAUCACAUGACUGUCCGCUCUAUAACGGAUCCCAUCGUUGUCUUGGAAGGACAUUCGAAGAGGGUCGGGAUUAUUUCAUGGCACCCAACUGCCCGCAAUGUUUUACUUAGUGCAGGCAGUGAUAAUAUGAUAAUUAUUUGGAAUGUGGGGACCGGAGAACCCCUGAUAACACUUGAUGACCUGCAUACUGACUUGAUUUACAACGUUUGCUGGAACCGUAAUGGCAGCCUCAUCUGUACCACCAGCAAGGACAAGAAAGUGCGCAUCAUUAAUCCGAGGGAGCAACGCGUCAUUGCUGAGAAGGACAAGGCACACGAAGGUGCUCGACCAAUGAGGGCCAUCUUCCUGGCCGACGGUAAAAUCUUCACCACUGGAUUCAGCAAGAUGAGCGAGCGGCAGCUGGCCCUGUGGGACCCGAAAAACUUUGAUGAACCAAUGGCGCUUCAGGAAAUGGACACCAGUAAUGGAGUUCUUCUACCAUUUUAUGAUGAAGACUCAAACAUAGUCUAUUUGUGUGGGAAGGGUGAUAGCAGUAUUCGGUAUUUUGAGAUCACACCUGAAGCUCCAUACGUUCAUUACAUCAGCACGUUCAGCAGUAAGGAGCCACAGAGGGGGAUGGGCUUCAUGGCAAAGAGGGGUCUGGAUGUCAGCAGAUGUGAAAUCGCAAGGUUUUUCAAAUUACAUGAGCGGAAGUGUGAACCAAUUACGAUGACAGUGCCUCGGAAGUCCGAUCUUUUCCAAGACGAUCUGUACCCGGAUACCCAGGGUCCUGAGGCAGCCCUAGAAGCUGAGGAGUGGAUUGCAGGAAAAAACGCAGAUCCCGUGCUGAUCUCGCUGAGAGACGGUUACAUUCCACCUAAGAACCGAGAACUUAAAUUUGCCAAAAGGAACAUUCUGGACAACAAGCCUCCUCUUGGACCGCGACGCAGUUACUCCACUUGCGAAUCAAACUUUUCUCGUGUAACCCUGGAGGAGCUAAUGGAUGAAGUUAAAUCGCUGAAGGUGAUUGUCCAGUCCCAGGAGAGACGCAUUACUGAGUUGGAAAACAAGCUCUCAAAGUUCACCAAUGGCACUGCUUAAUUCUACCAUCCACAUUAGCAUGCACUCCAAGGUAUCAGUGCUUCCUGCCAAACCAGUUCAACUUAUUAUUGUCCACCCCCAACAACUGGUGGCAAACAAUGGUAGCUUUUACAACAAUCUACAUAACUGUAUGCAUAUUCUUAACUCCAGUGAGACAAGAUCACAUGGAAGUAUUUAAUGUUUUGUUCUGGAGUUUAAUUGAAGAAUUCACGGGAAAUGUUACGCGAUGUUUGGGAAAUGCAGUGAACUAAAGGUCAAGCUACACCUGAUCAGUGUUCCUACAUGAGGUCACGAACUACUAUUGUUAGUGAGAAUUAAGCUCUCUGUGAUCUGACAGCUUGCACAUAAACACCAGGGCAGUUCUUUGUAGUGAAGAGGGAAAGGAAAAAGAAAUGUCCUCAACAGGAGCUCCAUCAGACCAGCAGAUCAUGUCAAGGGCAUCAGUGGACUGUGGGAGGGUGAACUGCAACUUUUUUAAGUGUAUGAUUCAUCAAUACAAAGUAACUUUCAAACAAUCUCCAGACUAAUAUCCUGACAUACUUUUUCAGCUGCUGGCUGCAUUGCUUUUAGCAGAAAAAGUUUGCUGUGUCUUUGCAUUCUGCUCAGGUGUAAUCAAAUGAUACUUUAUGGAUCUAAUUAUAAGUUCUCAAUUUGCACUGUGUAAGGUUGGGGCAGUUUGUGGCACUUGGGAAAAGUGGUAUUUUAUAACAUUUGGGGAUAAGACUCUAAAAUAGGAGGAUGAUGUGGUUUAUAUGAUAUUUUGUGAAGUGAAUGUGUUUGUGCUGUCAUUUAGUCCAGAAGCAGUGAUGUGUGAUGCCAGCAAGUCCACAGAGCAUUCUCUGCCAUUAUCUCUCCUUUAGUAAAUAAACUGUUUCAUUGCAGGAACUCUUCAAACAGAAACAGAAGUCUUUAAAGAUUAUUUUUAAGUGUUAUUUAGUUUACUGUCCCAUGCAUUCUGGCAAAAAAAUCUUUUAUUUUUGUGGUGGUUUUCUGACACUUUUUUGUACAACACGGCUCUGGGUUACAGUUCUUGCCCAAUUCUGAAAUUUUGCACAUUUAUCUUCUUUCUCCUCCGUUGAUGAGUACCAUUUCUGCUGCUGUGUACGCAAUAGCCUUGUGAAUAAAACAUAAUAUGCAUGGCGUCUGUGAGCACUUCUCCUGCCUUGUGCUACACGUACAAAUACCAAAUGGAUGGUUAAUCUUGUUCUGAUCCCAGUAGAGAACUAUUUUCAUAUGGAUCUUGAAUCUGGUUGCAUUCACAAUUCCUGCUUUCAGUUGGUAUUUCACAUUGGGUCAACUCAAUGGGAGAGAAAGAGGGAGAAAUGAUCUGGAAGCUGACAUACCAAAGCUGGGAAAUGGCAAAAAUUUCAACGCCCUGAAUCGAUAUAUGGAGAAUGAAAACCUGCCUGGUAGAUCUUAUAGUUCUUGAGAUUGCAUCCACUGAGCUGACCAAAUUUUCAUAGAUUGCUGUUCUCUCUCACUCUGUUUUCCUCUCAUUACUAAGAAAUAGAUGCUAGACAUAAGCAAAGAAAUUAUUGUGUGCAGUAUAACAUAAUCCUGCUUACAGUCAGAUGUCCUGUAGGAGAUCUUGUGCAAAGCUCAAUGGUUGACUAACAAUAGUAGUCUACUACAUUUACACAGAAUUUACGUGCCAUUUUCACAUUAAGCAAAGCUCACUUAGAGUCGCUGAGGGUUACGCCAAAUAUUAGUGUUAACUCUUAUGUCAAUUUGUUGUUUGUUUCUUGUCCUGUGAUCACUUGUGCUGCUUUUAAAAUUUCAUGUGCAUUGAAACCCAGUUAUAAAUAUAUUUCUGUGUCUAAGUCCAAAAAUAACUGGACUUGUUUUCCUUUCAAAGCAAUAUUUAUGUGGUAAAGAAAAGCAGUCAUCUUGAAAUAGAAUUUUAAGAACUGGUUGUAGAUGCAUCUUGUCCGUUUUCAAAGACUUGAUGUUAAUCUGCAUCUUGGUAUUUCCAUUUUAUCAGAGGUAGGAAAGUAAAAGUAAAAAAAAAAUACAUAACCUUUCAGAAGACAAAUAAAACAGCAAAUGCUAGAAUCUGAAAUAAAAACUGCAGAUGCUGGAUGAACUCAGCAAGAACAGAGUCCUCGAUCUAAUACAUUGACUGGGUUCUCUUUCCACAGAUGCUGGCUGAGCUCUUCCAGCAUUUCUUGUUCUUAUUGCACGUAAAUUUUGGAAGGACGGUAGAGUCUUGCUAUUUGAGAACUUUAUUUUUAAAGGCGAGGUACUAGGAGAAGCAGAAUACAAUUAUGUUCAAUUUCUGGCUCCCAACUUAUUAGCAUUGGCAGAUAGUCUCCUGAAAGAUUUCUCACUGACUUGACUAGACCUCCUAAGGUGUCUCCUGAAAUGCUAUUCCGAUCACUCUAAUUGAAAACAUAUCUUUUAAAUUAUAAAUUAUAGGAGGCUGGUUAGAAAUGUAAAUAAUGCAGUGAUAUAAGGAUUUACUAGUUGUGCCCAAUCAGUAUCUAAGUGAGCUGAUGGGCCUUUUUCCAUGCUGUAUGACUCUAUAAUUCUAAUAUCGGCCUUUGGUUGUAGAAUCAAGCUUGGUUUUAGUCCUACACACAGAACCACAGAGAUGAAAUAUUCAAUAGAAAAUUAAGGCACUGGGGAAGCUGAAUAAGAAGAGAUAUCUGUUGGACAUGUUUGCUUUGCCAAAGGUCAUUGUCUACAACAAUGGAAUGUUCAGUAGCUUGUACACCAGAGUAUUUUAUGUGUUUUAUUUCUCACCCACAGAGGAUCUGACAUUCACUAUGGAGGUCAGACUUGGAAACCUGUUAAUGUCUGUAGCAGCACAGAGAGAAUCACUUCAUUGGGAAGAAUGUUUAAACCUUUCCUCUGAAACAAUGUUAGGUCUCCAGGCCCCAAGCCAAUUUUGGUUUUAAUUUGAUACUUAAUAUUUUGAAUGGUACUGUAAAGCCUUUCAAUCUAGCCUUUCAAUCUUGCUCAAUUUAUUGGUGUCCUGUAACUUGAGCUAUUCUGUGGAGACAUAGUGAAUGGAAAAAAAUUGAGUUUUGUUGGGUGCAUAAUCCUAUGUCUGGUUAUUUGAUCUGCCAUUGCACUAUCCAAUGGUGGACUGCUGGCCAUGCAUUGUACUUGUCUGUAUUUUGAACCGUAUGCUCAAAAACACCCAAAUGGUGAAUACCCUAGGAGCAUUUAUUUAAGAAUUAAUGAUUUUUAUUGUCUGUGAGAAAGAUGUGGAAAAUUUCCUUCUCAAAUCAAGUGAAAUUAUUUUCUUCCACUGUUUAGUCUAGGCUUUAAAUGGCUGUGUGAUUCUGGUGAAAUAGUUUCUAUUGCAGUUAAAGCUUAUGUUCAAGUUAUUGAUCUGCUUUCUCAGAGGCUGCUUUUAUCAGAGUGUAGCUUUUGACUUGAUUUAAGAUAUUCUUGAUUGCACCAGAUGAGAUUUGGUAAAAGGGAAAAGAUCUGAAAUCUGAUCUUUGGAUGUUAGAUCACUAAGCAGGUUAACAAUCAUCUAAAAGCAGGUUAACAAUUGCUUUGAAAAUCUUGUAUUACAAUUGAAGUUGGACAGUUGUGCACUUGUUAUAGAGAUCAAGGGACUGGGGAAGACAACAGGCUCAGAGUCUGAUAUCUCCAGUUGGUUCUGCAGACAGCUGCUGAUGGUUUAAGAAAUGAGAACAAAUUGUUAUUGUUUGAAACUAUGAAGUUCUGGAUAAUCCAUAAGUAUCAUUGCAGGUUGUGCAAAAGAAUUAGAAAUAAGGGGAGAAAAUCUAUUCUACAACUGAAAGAAAUAAACAUGAAUACAAAUGGGUAUCUCUGAGGAAAACGAAGGUGGCAUGACUAUUUCAUAUGCCAUUUGCCAAAGAAUUAAACACAGUUGUUUGUUAGAUAGAAGGUUAUUUCUUAAGUGUGCUAACCAAGCUGCGUUGAUAAGAUUGCUUUCUACGUUUUAGAUAGAGCCAAUAAAUGGAAGUGUUGGUCUUCUGGCGGUUGAAGUGAAGUGCACUUUUAGAUUUGGAGACAAGGGACACUACAGAUGCUGUUAUCCGGACCAAAAACCAAACUCCUGGAGGAACUCAGCAGGUCAGAUGGCAUCCGUGGAGGCAGAACGAUGGUCGACAUUUCAGGUUGAGAUCCUGCAUCAGGACUGGUGCACGGUCAUGACCCGAAACAUUGACCAUCCCUCUGCCUCCACGGAUGCUGUCUGGCCCACUGAGUUUCUCCAGCAGUUUGGUAGGUUUCUUUUUUUCUAGAUAACAACUAAAGAAACAGGGCCAAAUUGAAAUUCUUAUCUGAUCCUCUAAGUAGCUGGAAAAUAUCUCAAGCUAUUUAAAAUUACAAAAAUAAUAUUCAUCUUUGCUGACACAACCUAGGGAUUCAAAACUCAUAACUUUAGCAGACUCGAUACAGACAAGAUCAGAAGAUGGGAUGAUAUGGAAAUAGCUAGAAAUCUACAAAUUCUUUACCAUUAGUUUAAUGAUGUUACUGAAGAAAGUAUUUAAAACAUUAAGUAUGUUGCAUAUUAAAGGCAUGGUUUCAGCUCAAAUUCCCUAUCAUUUUCUCAAUACUUGAAGCUCAUUGUGUCAAGGCUUUCCAGCCUCAUCUAUAAUUUAGAGCAAUCUGUACUAAUUCACAUACCUAUUGACUUAUUUAACAAUAGGUUAGAGCACUAUAGACCUUUAGCAAAUUGUCAUUGGUUGCAACUGAGAUGGAGGUGCUGUCAGAAGGUAUUUCAGGUAUUCUUCGCAUAGGCCUCUCCAAGUCCUAUCUUCAGACACAAGACAUUUGUGCUAAGUUUUCUUUUAGGUUAGUAUUUCAAGUUGGUUUUCAAAGUGGUCCUUUGAAUUGAUGAUGUAUAAUGAAGCAAUCGAAUACAUUUAGUGAAAUAAAUAGAAUAAUUAAUAGCUACCAGUGUGGCAUUUCAAAUUCUUCUUGCUCUUCAUGGUAAAUGUCCAAGGUUUUCUUUCUUGAACUCUUGUAUUACUGAAUGAAUCUUGCUAAGUGGAUGUAUAUUGGCACAACUGGAGCUCUUUACUGGUAGGAAUACCAUUUUUCAGGACACUAGCAUUGUUUUCGGUUCUAAUCUCAACAAAUCAGGCUGAUGGCCAAGCCAAUUGCAUAAUUUGUAAAAUAUCUGUAACUGAAACAAAUGCCUAUGUCUUCAAUUAUUAUAGAUGAUCUGGAAUCAUUUGCCACAGUGUAAAAGCUUUACUCUCAUUUAAUGUUGACUGUAUGUGUAUAAUUGUUAUCGUAAUUAUAAGGAUAUACACCGCAUCCUACAUUUGAAACAACUCUCUCAUACAAGCUGCACCAGAAGCAAACAAAUGUCUCUAUAGAGCAUGGCCCAUUUAGAAGUUAAUGCACUAAUUCCUUCAUGGCAGAAGGACUUGAAGCCAACAUCUUUCAUCAUAUUUUUCUAAAAUAAACUGGAUAUUAAUAUUCUACAAUAUGGUAUUGAUUCAUUAAUCAAAGUCUUCACUGUCCAGGAAAACUAUAAACCUGUGCAUUUCCCAGGCCUUUUCCUGUAGUGGUGCCUCAGUCUUCAAAAGGUGUUUUUUUUUAAUAUAUUCAUAAAUGUUUAAAAAUAAGUCUGCAUGGCUGUGUGCGUGGUGUGGUGGGGUGGGGAAUGGUGUUGUGCCUUCUUAAAAUUAUUCUAGUAAUUCAGAAACCUUACUUUCACUUUUGGACAGUUAGUAUUUAUCCUUCAGUUACUAGUCUUUAGAUUACAAUAUAGCCCAAUGCCCAUGAUCACUGAGUUGUGUAAAGCAUUAAUGUAUGACAGUAGGCUUUUGCAAGAGAAACAUAGUGGAUGUAAUCUAUUACUGUAAAUGAAUGGUAUCAGCUAUGAAAUACAAAGGUACCCUAUAUCUCACUAUACCAUACUGUAUGCAUAGUAUAGAUGUUACUAAGCAUUUGUCUCCUUACUUCCUAAAUUAAUGGAGAUGAGCAGUUCAUUACUCUAAAUAACCUGUGUCAAAGUUCAAACCUGCAAGAUGCUAAUCUGCUGAAUAUCUGUCUUUCCAUAGGUCUCUGUAAGCGAGUAUAAUCAAAAGACAAUGGUCUUACAUUUUCUUAUAUUAGUUCCAAUGUUUUUUCUAAAAUCUCAGUCAGACAUAUUUGAGAUAAAACAAUAUUGCCAAGUACAAUACAUUAGUUAUGGUCCUUAUGAGAUGGAUUUUAAUUGAUCAGAGGACUAAAUAUCUUAAGCUGGAUUUGAUUUUAAGAGAUCCAACUAGAUAAAAGUUCACUGAAACUGCUCUAUUUGCUGGUGGGUGUUGCUAAUGAUUUCAUGAACACUAAUUAUAGGUGUUGACAGCAGGCGUGCUAGAAACACCUAUUAGUAUUGAGCAAACUUUACAAGAGAGCAGAUGUUGAUGACAUCAUGUGGAGCACCAAGGAAAAGAAGAAUUAACUUUGAAUGGGAAAUUAAGGUUCAAGUUUUGACGUGAAGUAUGAUUUGACACCGUAGUGCUGCUCCAAGAGAAGAGCUUUGGACUUUACUAACAGGACUUGAAUUUAUCUGAGUGGCUCUCAAGAGGUCCCAGUGCAUGGCCUACAUAGAGUAACAUGAAGGAUUACUCCAUCUUCCAAAGAUUUGUGAAUGUAAGUGGAAUGCACAGUAAUGUAAUGGAUUGUAAUUCUUUAACAUUUUUAAGAACUUUUCAUUUACAAUUUAUUUUGGCAGUAUCACUUUCCAGCAUCCUUUGCAAGAAAUGGAUUGCUUUUUGACAAUGUAUUUAUCAAAUGUAACACAAUCCAACAUUGGGCCUCCACUGAUCCACUAACACGUGUCUACGUCUACUUACCUUCUUCUCAAAAAGGCAAUAUAUACAAUCUAAAACUGGGUAGAUGUGUAUCUAGGUUUAUUUUCUCUUCAGCAUUCUGAUUCUAAAUAAAGCAGAGAACACUUAAGAAACAGCAUAUUCUACAGCAAUAUAACACCACUGACAAACGCUGUCAAAGAGAGGGUUAGUUGCAGGAUGUAAAUUGAGAGGUAAAGCAUAUCAAAUAUAGUGUCAUCCUCCAGCAGAAAAGAGGAGAUGCUGGGGACGAGAGGAGGAUUUGAUCUUUCUCUGGAAGCUCAGGAAUCCAGAGGCAGUUUUCCCAAGUAGAUUCAGGGGAAUUUCAGCAGGAUGCCAUUUUACUAGGGGGUUGAUUUGGUGUUCAUUGAUAGACCUUAUUGACAUGUGCAGAAACUCCUGAACUGCAGCAGCCUUUGUUAAAUAAAUUGUAAAACAGAUGGCAUGUUAGUUGUAGAACAUUGGGAUAGAUUAUUUGUAUGCUAAGAAGGAACUUUAGAAAGGCAUUAACAUAUUAUUUCAUCAAGGAAAUUAAGAAUUACAAGACAAUACUAUAUUUGUGAAGCAACAACCUCAUCAAUCUGAUGGAAUCUAUUAACUAUUUUGAACUCAAGAUGCAUCAGAAAAUGUUAAGCAAUGUCAUUUUUUAUUUAUUUGAUGGGAAAUAUAUUAUUUCUGUCUACAAAGAUUGCAUAUGAUGACUAACGCUAAGUCUUGCAUCACAUCAAUAAUUACUAUAUAUUUACACCUAAGGGACCCAGUUUCAAUACUUAUAUAAAAUUUCUUUGUAAAUUAAUAGAUUCUAACCCCUAAAUCCAACUACCUUGGUCACAGCUGGAGGUAUCUAGAUUAAUGAUAUUAGAAAGUAGCUAUCUUUGUAGAACAUGGAAAGAAGAUUGCUCUAGAACUGCAAAGCACCAGAUCCCUUGUCAGCACUCCCACUGAGUGCAUCUCCUUGCUGGGAGCACAGAUUUCCAAAUUUAUCCUUUUACUUCCAGAUGGAAAAAGUCCAGUUCCUGAUAUAUCUAGGUAAUAUGUCGUUGUAUUAAAUUGUACUGCAAAACUUUGUAGCAAACUAAAUUACCCUUAGCCAUUAGGAAAUAUUCUGCAUUAUUGUGAGAAGCUUCAUGAUUUUCUCCCUAGAACCUUGGUCUGGUCCAGUGGUGCUUUUGAUUUGUGAGAAUAUUUGGCAGAUUAUUGAAAUUAAAUAAUAGAGAAGAAUAUAAAGGAAGGAUUAAAUUUUCAAAGUGUGCAUCUGUAACAUUUCUGUAGCUUUGUUGUUUGGAUGUAUGGAAAGGGGUAAUGUCAAUUCAUGAGGUGUAUCCUGAAGGAUUAAGCUUGUAUUUCCUUGUAAACACUAAGUAUUAUAUUGGUCUGGUGGUUGUUUUGUAAGUACACUAUAGAUCAGGCAU